ACUCACUACAUGUGGAUCGCUCCGCUGGAUCACUUAGUGCCUCCUCGCCGCUCUCCGGUGCCCCGCCGCUGUUCUCCCCUCCCCAGGACACCGGCUCUGUGAGGUGUAAUCGCGGACGGUGUCGCGGUGGGAUCGCGGACGGUGUCGCGGUGAGGCUGUUGCACCAGAUCCGUCGUGUCCCGGUUGAGGUGUGGGAGCACCGGUGCUGAGGAUCCUUCCGCGUGCGGUGAGGUGGUGCAGCAGGCGCCAUUUUAGGUACUGGAAGCUGCGCGGAGGACGGUCGCAAGCAUCAAUCAUGUUGGGCACUGGGUUCAAGGCUGAGCGCUUGCGAGUUAACCUGCGCCUUGUUAUCAAUCGCCUCAAAUUGCUGGAGAAGAAGAAGACUGAGCUGGCCCAGAAGGCAAGGAAGGAGAUUGCAGAUUAUCUGGCAGCUGGAAAAGAUGAGCGUGCCAGGAUCCGUGUGGAGCACAUCAUCCGUGAAGAUUACCUUGUGGAGGCCAUGGAGAUCCUGGAGCUGUACUGUGACCUGCUGCUAGCCCGCUUCGGCUUGAUUCAGUCAAUGAAGGAGCUGGACUCUGGCCUGGCGGAAGCAGUAUCUACACUGAUUUGGGCUGCACCACGACUCCAGUCAGAAGUGGCUGAGUUGAAGAUUGUUGCUGACCAGCUCUGUGCCAAGUACAGCAAGGAGUAUGGGAAGCUGUGCCGGACAAACCAGAUUGGGACAGUCAAUGAUAGGCUGAUGCACAAGCUGAGUGUGGAGGCACCACCCAAGAUUCUGGUGGAGAGAUACCUCAUCGAGAUUGCUAAGAACUACAAUGUGCCCUAUGAACCUGACUCCGUGGUGAUGGCUGAAGCCCCUGCAGGCGGAGAGGCAGAUCUGAUUGAUGUGGGAUUUACAGAUGAUGUGAAGAAGGGUGGCCAAGGAGGGGGAGGAGGUGGUGGGUUUACAGCGCCAAUGAUUGGUCAUGAUGGAUUAGUACCCAUGCCAGUGAUGAUGCCUAUGCCCAUGCCAACACCAACUCCACCCUUCUCCUACCCGCCUCCAAAGGGACCGGAGAACUUCGGUGGUGUACCAGUGGGGACCUACCAGCCUUUCACCAACAUUCAUCCACCACCAGUUCCGGCAACCCCACCAACAUACGAGUCUAUUGCUGAGCCUAACGCUGACAAGGACACUCCUGCGCCGGUGCCUGGACCCGGGCCCAAGUCAGAGGCUCCUCCUAAACCACAGGCUGGAGCUCCUAAUACCAUUGAUAACUUUGUGCUGCCAGAACUGCCAUCUGUACCAGACACGCUGCCAACAGCAUCUGCCGGCGCCAACUCUUCUGCUUCUGAAGACAUUGACUUUGAUGAUCUUUCUAGGAGAUUUGAGGAGCUGAAGAAGAAAACAUAAAACUGACUGGGCUGUAACCCCAAGGUGAAGGGCAGGAGCUGUGAUGGCUCUUGUCACUGAAACUGACUCCCCUUGAAUUUUUCUCUGUUAACCGCAAGUGAAUGCUCUCUUCUUUUUGAGCUCUUUUCUCACUGUAUUAAACCAACUGCUGCCACUGUCCUGACCUUUGUUGGUCCAGGAGGUGAGCUGCGGGAAGGCUGGUGAGACUGGAGCAGGAAACAGUUCCUCUCUGUCUGGGAAGCUGUACAGAGAAGCUGUGCUUGGCCUUCAGUCUCGAGGGCAGCAUUGCCCACAGGCUCCCCCUCUCUGCUCCAUGGCAUCUGUGGUGAGGGUGAUGAAGUGUCUUUGUUAGGAUUUAACUGGGGCUGAGGUGGGCAACAUGGUUGCGUGUGAGGAGAUGUGACACUGCACUUCAGGUUGUGCCCAUCUGCCACCUCCCUGGCCCUGGUUGCAGUUAGCCUGAUGUCCUCUUUCACUCCCGCUGGCUGCUUGAGCCCUCUCCAUGGUGUUGGCCAGGUCCUCAGCCCUGUCCCCUGUCCUGACCCUAUGGGCACUGCAAGUGGGCUGGACAGAGGAGCUUGCAGGUUGAUCAAGGCUAAGGAGCGCUGACAGGACGCGUGGAAGCAGCUCUGCUCACAUGGAGCGUGGUGGAGGGUGCUGGUUGUACCCAUGCCCUGUGGUGCUCUGGUGUCUCUGUACAUAGCGGUUCCCGGGACCCUCCCUUGGCGCUCGAGUGGUUUGUACGGCGCGAGCUGGUUUCUAAUAAAGCUGGGGCUGUA